GCUUGUUGGGCGCCGGUGGAUGUGCUGUAGUACUAAGGGACCAACGCCACAACCAGCGUCCACCUUAUCUCUCGUUAUCGAGGAAGUAACCUAACUUUUUUUCCCCCCAUGAAGUCGCUCGGGGCAGGCUCUCACUCACUCACUCGACGGCGCAUCAUCGCACACACCCUCUUCACGUAACAGUACCUCGAAGCAGACGUCGAGACACAUACACAAUGGCCAAGAGCUCCCGUUCAAGCACGAAAAAGGCGAACAACCGGCGAAAGGCCGCGUCUGUGUUCGGCCCUGCGGAGAUCGCCCGCAAUGAGCGCCUGUCGGCCAAGCUGCUCGAGCUGGCAAAGCAGCCCAAGCCCGAGACUUCAGACGUCAACAUGGAUGCGGUCGAGGACGAUGCAGCAGUAGCUGAAGAGCACGUUGCGGACGAUGCCGACGACACAGCCAUGGACGUCGACUCCAAGAAGGCGUCCAGGACGCGCAUUGACAAAAAACGCAUCGGCAAGAGAAAGGCCAAAAAGUCCAAGAUUGUGUUUCCUAAAUACAGCGACAGGGCCGGCAAAAAGAAGGGUGGCAAGUAAAGCACGAGGGUCGGUUGAGGGGGAAGAUGAUGCUGAGAUGGUCCCAAACACAGGAGAAAUGGUCUCUGCUUUUUUUUUUUUUUCCCGAAUGGUUUUAUCAUGUCUUCUGGCGCAGCAUUAAUUGACGAUACCCACGAGAGUCGAGAGAAAACGCGUUAGUUCCAUCGCUCUGAUUUACCUUGGU